AUGGCCUUCUGCCCCACUCCUGCCUGGAAGAGGUUUGCCUGCCUGUCCAUUCUUGCUGGGGUGACCUGGUACUUGACUUUCUUUCCUCAGCAGUCUUUUAGCCCUGCUGAAGGAGCUCUGGCCCACAACGACCCCCUGACAGUUCUGCUUUGGGACUGGCCAUUCAGGCAGCCUUUGAACAUCACGGGCGACAUUUGUGCCACGCUCUAUCACAUCGAGGGCUGCCGGUUGAUCAGCAACCGCAGCCUCUACGGCCAAGUGGAUGUGGUGGCAUUCCAUCACCGGGAACUCCAGGGCAGGAAGGCCAGCCUCCCCAAAUCCAAAGGCCCGGAGCAAGCGUGGGUGUGGGUUUCCUUGGAGUCUCCCAGCUACACCGCAGAUCUCAGCAGAUGGAACAGCACCUUCAACUGGACCAUGACGUACCGACAAGAUUCCGACAUAUUCGUCCCUUACGGGGAACUUGUGCCUCGCCCGUCAGAUCACCUGGACAUCCCCCAGAAAACCGGCUUGGUGUGCUGGGUGGUCAGCCAUUACCACCGCUCCCAAAAGAGAGCGCAGCUGUACCGCAACCUGUCCAGGCACAUCAAAAUUGACAUGUAUGGGAAAGCCAGCCAGAAGCCCCUUUGCCCAGCCUGUCUCUUGCAGAUCAUCUCCCAAUACAAGUUCUACCUGGCCUUGGAGAAUUCUGUCCACCGAGAUUACAUCACCGAGAAGCUUUGGAGGAACGCCUUGAUGGCCGAGGCCGUGCCCGUGGUCAUGGGCCCACCCCGGUCCAACUACCAGCAGUUCCUCCCCGCAGACGCCUUCAUCCACGUCGACGAUUUUGCCUCCCCGGCUGAGCUUGCCUCCUUCCUGACCACCAUGAACGAAAGCCACUACCGGAGUUUCUUCGAAUGGAGGCAGAAAUACACAGUCAAGCUGUACACCAGCUGGCCGGAACGGUUCUGCACCAUCUGCCAGCGGUAUCCCAGCCUGCCUCGGGGGAAAGUCUACCCGGACUUGGAGAGGUGGUUCCGGAACUAGUUGCCAGGAUCCGAAUCAGGCACUGUGGGCCACUUAGGGCAAGCAGCUACAAGAGGGAAUCAGAUUGGACUGUUGACCCACAGCUCAUGCGGAUGC